AUGGAGAAGUUAUGCAUAUUUAUUCCACCUUUUGACUCCUGCGCUGCAGGAACGCGAGAGGACUUAGGUGGACCGGCGGUUGUUACUACUUCAUUUGCCUUUCUGUUUGUUGUAUCGACUGUAAUUGUCCCUGAUGAGAUGAACUUAAUUGAAGCAGCUUUAAUUGAGCGAUGCAAAUACAGUGAUGUGAUCAUAACCACUGGUGGAACCGGAUUUUCGAAAAGAGAUGUCACACCGGAGGCAACGAUCAACGUCGUCGAUCGACGCUGCACUGGACUGGAGGUUGCGUUGCACGCUCACUCUUUAGCUCACACCCCAAUGGCUGCACUCAGCAGAGCGGUGGCCGGUAUCCGCGAUAGGACUGUCAUCGUUAAUAUGCCAGGCGGAGUCAGAGCAGUUCAGGAAUACUGGGAGGUUAUAGAACCGGUACUUAAUCAUGCUGUCAGUUUGCUCACGAACACCGACGACGGCUCACUGCACUUGUCAAUGGCCUCAAUGACCAAAUAG